CCGUGGCAGCGGAGCGAUAAUCAUGUGAAGCAUUUAGGAUGAAUAAUAUCUACGCAGCGUGGAAGGAUAAAUAAAAAAAGAAAACAAUGUUGCUUUUCUUUUGAGUUCAUUUGGCAUUUCGUCCGCCUGGUUGUGCAAAUCGUGACUGGUUUGCCUGUGAAACGACGGGAGGAUUGUGACUAGCUUCCCUGUAGCAGAGCGGCCACAUCAGCACCAGCUCCUCCAGUCUUGGCAUCAACAUUUUUUCCCUUAUGGCUGACAGUAUCAUGAGCAAGGCUGCCACCAUGGAGAUCCCCAUUAACAGCAAUGGAGAUACAGGGACUCUCACAGAGGAUGAGAGUCUGGAGCAGGACCUUCAGCAGGUGAUGGUGUCUGGACCCAACCUGAAUGAAACCAGCAUUGUGUCGGGAGGAUACGGGGGACCUGCAGGGGGCAUCAUUCCUACCAGCACCAUCAAAGGACCUGCAGUACACUUCAACCCAGAGUAUUUGGACAGAAGACGAGAUCCUGCAGCAGGACCAGACAUACGUAUGAAAUCCAGGGGUGUUAACAUGCCUCGCAGUCAGUCUUCAGGCAGCCGGCUCGCCCACCAUGCAGCUGAGGAUCCAGGGUCUAUGAAUCAUACCAAUUCAACUGAGGAAGUUUCUCGUGGUGUAGCAGUGGAGAAACUGGAUAGUGUAAAGAAAUGGGGCAUUAACACAUACAAGUGUACAAAGCAAAUGUUCUCUGAGAAGUUCGGUAAAGGCUCACGCACCGUAGACCUGGAACUGGAGGCCCAGAUUGAUGUGUUGAGAGACACCAAGAGCAAGUACGAAAACAUCCUCAGACUGGCAACCGCACUCAUCAGUCAUUUUCAAAGCAUGGUGCAGACGCAACAGGCUCUAGGGGACACGUUCACCGAUCUGAGCCAGAAGUCACCGGAGCUGCAGGAUGAGUUUGGCUAUAAUGCAGAAACGCAAAAGCUGCUGUGCAAGAACGGCGAGGCUCUGCUUGGUGCCAUCAAUUUCUUCGUGUCUAGUGUGAACACCCUGGUCAAUAAAACAAUGGAGGAUACACUGCUGACCAUAAAGCUGUAUGAAAAUGCAAGGCUUGAAUUUGAUGCCUAUCGUUCUGAUCUGGAGGAGAUGAGCUUGGGUCCGAGGGACGCGGCAGCCAUGGUCCGCAUUGACAUGGCUCAGCAUGACUACCAGGUCCACAGAGAUAAAUAUGAAAGGCUUCGUAGCGACGUUAGCAUCAAGCUUAAAUUCCUGGAGGAGAAUAAGGUGAAGGUGAUGCACAAGCAGCUGCUCCUCUUCCAUAAUGCAAUCUCAGCUUAUUUUGCUGGCAACCAGCAGCAGUUGGAACAAACUCUAAUACAGUUCAAUGUCAAGUUAAAGCCUCCAGGAUCAGAUAAACCAUCCUGGCUGGAGGAGCAGUAGUGGGCGUCCAGAGCUCAGCUGCUUGCCAUGUGUACAGUUACACACUGAUCAGUGUAAAAUGUGGCGUCGUGGUUAGAUGGACAACGGUUGAAUGAUUAAAGGGGUACAGUAUAAUGUAGGAUCAGUAGCGGCCAGAUUUAUCUCUUUUGUAAUGGUUUUCAGUAUCAUUUAUUAAACAAAUGAGUUGUUUUUUUUUUCUGUUUUUUUUUAGGUCAAAAAUGACCUUUUGUCAUUUUAUCAUUCUUUAUAGUUAUCACAAUCAUUUACAUAUGUAUCUCUUAUUUAUGUACAAGAUUGUGGUCUAGUGUGGUGAUUCCCCUGGACAGUUUUGCACUUUUUUUUUCCUGAAUUUCUAAUGUAAUGUCUAAAGAGGUCCUUAAUAUUUCAAUGUAUAUCUGAUUGGAGAAAAUUCCACAAAUUUAAUUAGCAAAUGAACGUGAUACUGUUGAUAAUGUUAUAAAAUAGUCUCAAAUGAUAUUUAUUUUCUGAACAAUGCUCUUCAGCUUUCUAAAAAAUGUUACGUAAAAAAAAUAUCAGGAUAUAACAUGAUUUCUCAAAUUAACACUUUGUGUUUCUACUGACACUUUGCUCAUUUUACAGUUAAACUAUAGGAAUAUAAUAAUUUUUCCUGAACAUGAUAUACAAUCAUAAGCAUUUUGAUCUUCUAAAUAUUUGGCACCCUCAGAUACAGUUUUGUUAUGAAUCCAGCACAAGUAUUUCUUUUUGUUUUAUUCCAGUUUAAAUAUGGAAGCAGGCCUAAAAUAACAUGUAACAUUCAUGUUUUUCAGCAAUCAUCAAUUAAUAUAUCAAAUGUUUUAAUUGUAAGUCCCCCAGCAAUAUGCCACAUAAGUGUGUUCUUUUUUUUAUUUUUAUUUUUUACCGACAAUACAAGGCGCUUGUGUGGAACUGUAAACAGGUCUCUGAGACUUAUUCUACAAAUCUCAAAUUUUAAAAAGAUUAAAGGACAUCUGGGAUACCAGACGCACUUUAGGUUGCAGUACAAUGUCAGUGUCCCUUACAAGACAGUAUGUAUGAGUACACUUGUCAUAUAUUGUGUUAUUUAUUCACUUGUUUGUAACAUAACAUUGUAUGUAUGUUACCUAGAGUUCUUUUACUGUUUAAUUUAGUUUAUUGUGUUUCUCUUGUUCUAUAUUUCCAAUAAAGUGCUGGAUGUUUAGUUCCACUUAACUGUGUGGUUGACUGAAGAGUGUCAGUUUCAUGUGAGCAAUCUUCAGACUAUGUACAGAAAAACUCACAAUAAUCAUGUAUGUCCACCGGGGGUUACAUUAAAUCACU